AUGUCGUUCACCAAAGUCGAACUCUACGGCGGUGCCAUGACCGUCGACCUCCCCUCCAAUUUCGCAGACGUCAGCCAAAUUAGACAAGUACCCGACAACCAAGAAGUCUACUUGGACAAAGAUGGUCUCUCAAGUAUCGUGUUUGAUAUCUUGGAGCGUGUCGACAAACCGGAUCUGGAUGCUCUGAAAUACCAUCUUGAAGAUGUCGUCGAGGAUGAUGUAAAUGCUACUAAACUCUGGACAUCGAAUUCUGCUGUGUUUAGCAAGUUACCGUAA